ACUUGGAGCAGGGAAAGUGUAUUCCGAGUCACGGCAACUGAAUCAAGCAAAGAGUACAUCGCAACACAAAAAUAUGGAACAACAGUACUGUCGUUGUGCUAGUUUUGGAACCACCUUCAGUAGGGCAAAGCCUUAUUUGUUAACGGUCGGACUUCAAUUUGGGUUCGCCGGAGCUCUCAUCUUCUCCGUCGCCAGUCUCAACCAUGGAAUGAAUCGUUACGUUUUCGUCGUCUAUCGUAAUGCCAUCGCUGCUUUGGCCCUGGCUCCUUUUGCAUUGAUUUUUGAGAGGAAAAUUAGGCCCAAGAUAACACUCCCUGUCUUCUUCCACAUAAUGGCACUCGGAUUUGUGGAACCAGUGAUUGAUCAGGGCUUCACGUUCUUGGGAAUGCAAUACACAUCAGCAUCGUUUACCUCUGCCAUAAUGAAUGCGGUGCCUUCUGUGACUUUUGUGCUAGCAGUAAUUCUAAGGUUAGAGCGUGUAAAUGUUAAGGAAGUAAGGAGCCUAGCGAAGGUGAUUGGGACAUUGGUGACAUUUUCAGGUGCUUUGUUAAUGACACUUUACAAAGGUCCUGAAUUUAACCUAUUUCAUUCUGCAAACGCAACCCACAACCAAGACGGAGCUCACUCUCCACAAGUUGUUAAACACUGGCUCUCAGGGACUCUCUUUCUUCUCCUGGGUUGUGUCGCUUGGUCAUCUUUCUUCAUUUUACAGUCCAUAGCACUGAAAAGGUAUCCGGCAGAAUUGUCUCUCUCUUCUUUGGUGUGCUUAUCUGGUGCCGUGCAAGCUAGUGUGGUGGCGAUUAUUGCCACUCGUCAUUCUGGGCUUCCGGCAUGGGCCUUGGGCUGGGACUUCAGACUCUACGGCCCUCUCUACACGGGAAUUGUUACCUCUGGAAUAACGUAUUAUGCGCAAGGGUUGGUGUUGCAAAGCAGGGGCCCGGUGUUUUUAACUGCCUUUAAUCCUCUUUGCAUGGUCAUAACCUGUGCUUUAGGCUCCUUCCUUUUUGCAGAGCAACUUCACUUGGGCAGUAUCAUCGGAGCUGUCAUUAUCGCAUUGGGUCUGUACUUUGUGGUGUGGGGCAAAGGCAAAGACCAUUCAGACCCCACGCCAUCAUCUCCUACAGCAAAGCAAAUGGAGACACAAAAAUUGCCAAUUUCUUCAUCUGAUAUCUGACACAGAAUUCCGAAGGAAUUUCUGAAUACUGCGCUUUUGCUGCCUUCUUGCUUUCGGUCUCCACAUUCUGAAGGGAUAAUCUCAGAUUGCUCCUACAAGCAAUGCCAUUUUCUUUGCUUUAUUUUAUCAUCCAAAAAGAAAUCAUAGCAUCGUUUCAUGCGAAGAUAAGCUUUUAACCACCUUGUCUUCGGUGGUUCAUUUGCUAUUCUCCAACAAUGAAUAAACUUAUAUCUCUCAAUUCA